GCGCUUGGCUGCAGCCGGGACUCGGCUGCCCAUCAUCCUCGACGUGGGAUCGCUUCCUCUGGCUCGAGACCCAAUCCCCCCUCCCCCUCCCCUUCACAGAGCGCGCGAGUUACCUGGACCGGUCUCUCACGACCAUUCACGAUCGCGUACAUGAUCUACUAGCCACGGACUGCAAGCUAUUGGAUCAGUGAAGGACGACCUGUUAAUCUCAAGAUACCAUGGGGGAGCGAUGCUACAAGGAGGUCGCACCGGAUGGGCCAUCCCUCUUCCAGAAUGGGAAGCUAGUCAUCCAAACGCACCACAUUGGAUGGCUUGUGUCGGGCGUCUUCACUCUGAUCGCAUGCGGAGUGUCCUUCUGGCUCAUAGACAAGCACCUCCAGUGGUAUCACAACAAACAUGAGCAGAGGCACAUCGUCCGCAUCCUCUUCCUGGUCCCCAUCUACGCCAUAGUCAGCUUAGCGUCAUACUUCUUCUGGAAUCAUUCUACGCCGAUCAUCCUUGUCCGAGAUUGCUACGAGUCCACCGUCCUCACGUCUUUCUUUUAUCUACUCCUUCUUUAUCUGUCCCCCGACUAUCAGACCCAGCAAAUGAUAUUUGCAAAGGAGGGCCUUUCCUACGAGCAAGAGAGGCAAGCGAUACGAAGCGGAACCACGGUGAAGAAGUGGGUGCUUCCGCUGGGAUGGGUCAAGUGGAAGCCAGCGGAUGGCCUAUAUUUCUUGCAACUCAUGAAAUGGGGUGUGCUGCAGUACUGUGUUGUCCGACCUCUUUGUACGCUUGCUGCCGUCAUUCUGGACUACGCCGGCCUGUACUGCGAAGCCUCCUGGGGUCUCGGGUGGGGCCAUAUCUACCUGACUAUCAUCAUCUCCAUCUCGGUCACCAUCGCUAUGUACUGCCUAAUUCAGCUGUACGUCGCUGUAUCGGAGUACCUUGCACCCCAGAAGCCGCUGCUCAAGCUGUUCGCUAUCAAGGCCGUUGUUUUCCUCACCUUCUGGCAAGCGACGUUUCUCUCGGUCCUGACGAUGUUUGGGGUGGUCAAAGAUACCGAGUACAUGACUGCGGAGGACGUUAACAUAGGCAUCGGUGCACUACUCGAAACCUUUGAGAUGGCCUGCUUCGCCCUCGUCCACGUCAAGGCCUUCACCUUCAAGGUCUACAUCCCUUACUACCUCCCAGACUCAACAGCCGCCCCCAUCGAACGCACCCGCCGGCUGCGCUCCCUCGGCCACGCCUUUGACUUCCGCGAGACGGCACGCGAGUUGUGGGUCGGCACUAAGUAUAUGUGGCAGAAGGCGCGUGGUCGGGAGCCCAAGAUCGACCGUCCGGCGAAGCGGCAGACAUACUACGAGAGUGUGUUUGGGAGACCGAGGAUCGCGGAUUUACCGGCGCCGGUGGAGAAGGAUAAGGGUGCGCGUAUGACCAAGGAGAAGGAUAUGCUUGCGAGGAAGGAGAAGGACGCUGCGUAUGUCGAGGAAGCGAAGGCGACGCUCCCGGAUGUGUCCUUGGACGAUGACCUUGACGCGGAGAGGCAGUGGCUUGGUGUUGGAGAUGCGCAGAAGUAUGGUCUUCACGUUGGGUAUCUGCAACGCGAACGGAGCGAAGGUCUGGAGAAGCAGUUCGAGAGGGAAUUGACAAGGCGAGGCUACGUUGAUCCCUACUCUGACCACGAUCGUGCCCAUCCCUCUGGGCAUCGUCAACAACGGUCGUGGUGGCGCAACGUCUAUAAUCGCAUCUCUCAGACCGGACACGAGGCACCCGAAUCCCCUAUGUCUGCUACCUCACGACACUCAUCUCGACAGCCUUCAAGACCUAAGCAUGACCGGCAUCGACCAAGGGACAGCCAGGAAGCAGCCCAGCAACGACAGCUCCUGGACGAAGACGUUGACUAUGAUGAACCGCCACCACCAAGCGUCCUAUACUCGCCAACACGUACCCGCGGUCCCUCCCGCGACCGUUAUACUACUGUGCACGAUAGUGACCUGGACACGGAGGCCCCGCCAUCGCGCUUCAGACCACCUGGUGCUUCGCCUCGCUCCCCGCGCGCACAGCGUCAUGAAGCAUCCUUGCCUCCCAACGAAUCUCUAUACACCGGUCAUCGUCGCCCGCCUCUGGACCGUGCAGACAGUGUCAUGGCACGCAUCUUUCCUGCGAGCCAGAACCCUUCGUCGACCGCUCUGCAUCACCCGGCAACGAGCGUUCAAUCUUUGCCCUCAGUGUCUGCUGAUGGUGUUGCGCCGUCUCGCGCGACGCCGCGCGCGAGGCUUGUGACGGGGACGCCGAUGCCGACAGGGCUUUCGGCGGUGGGCGAGCGACGCGUAGAAGGAGGGCUGUCCGAAGUGAAGGAGGCGGGCUCGCAGGAGGCGCACGUCAUGCAUAUGACUGCAGUGCCGGAAUCAGCGCGCACAUCGUCCGAUGUUAGCCAUCCUUCUCGCACUUCGCGGACACCUCAAUCGCCCCGUGCACCGUGGCAGUCGGACGCUGGUGCGAAGCGUUCCCGGGAUCGUGCUACAGGCAAUGGCUACCAAUCCCCGGUACACGAAUCAGUGUACCAUCCGACCUCUCCCGCUACAUCUCACUUCCGUGACGCUGCGUAUCGUCUCCCUACUCAGCAACCUAUAUCCUCCUUGCCACCCGGCGCCGGCUACCCGAGACUAUCCUCCUCCGACCAUACUCGCUCGCCGAAGGCCCGGCCAGUGCCUCGGAUGCCUUGCCCGCUUGCUCAAAGCCCGCACAACAGCCACCAGAUUACACCUCCAGAGCAGUCGUACGAUCCCAUGAACCUGGGUGGGGACGUCUACUUCUCACGAUCUUCAUGACAUUCACGACGACACACAACGAACAAACGGGAAGGCUGCCUUCCCGCAUGACAUUGCACGAUUGACCUCGCUAUUUGUACCUGUGACUUUGGAUCUUAGGAAACUUAUUGCUAAUAUAAACUGUUGUCCUGGCU